AUGGAGCGCAAGCUCUCCCAAAAAGCGCUUCGCAUGCGCCAACGCUUCACUUUCAGUCGGGGCCGAGACCGUGCAGCCACUAUGCCCCCAUCCGGAGCCACCAGUACUCCCAGCAGCCGCCCGCGUUCCGCCACAACGCCCAUCUCGUCCCACACUACUUCCUCCAGCUCCAGCACAGACCGGACCCGCUAUUUCCAGUUUGACGAUGAGCCAGGUUACUUUCGUCCUGCGUCACCUUUACUUAACCGACAGUCCGUGUCGGAGGAUCUAGAAGAUGAUAUCAAACAGGCCUGCGCUUUGCUGGUUCAAAGCGUCGAUCGCGGUUUACCGAUAUGGCCUUCUCUUCAAGUUGAACAUCGUCCAGAUACUACUACCACCAUCGCUACUGCGAAAGUAUCCAGUCCGACUACAUCGCGAUUCUAUUACCAGGGCGCGAGCAUGUCCCCCUCCGCCGUGGAUAAUCAGAUCAAAUUACCCAGCGAGAAAAUGCAUGACUCCGGGGUCGCUUUCCAACCUAGCGCCGCGUCUGCAGGAGCCGGUCGUUUCUACGGUUCGCAACUCUCGACAUCGCGACACGAAGAGAAUUAUCAAGAUACCCAGCGCGGCCGCACACGGUCUCGCGGUCAAAGUUUCAAUACGGAGGCCACGCCAGUUUCUCGAUCACAAUCACGAUCACGCUCUCGCUCUCUAAGCCCGGAUAUGUUCCCUUACAGUCCGCCGCAGGUCGACACGCUGUGGCCACACGUCAAAGACAUCUACUUCGAAUCAUCCGACGGAUUAUUCCCAGAGACGGAAACCGAAACCGAAACCGAAACCGAAAUAGAAAAGGAAAUUCACGUCGACGCGCAUUCUACAGCCAACACCCUCGGCGUAGAAGGAAUGACCUGGCUCCGCGCCAGUCUCGACAUCCCCCACCUCAAAAAGUCCGCAAGUAUAAACGUCAACGUCACCGCAAUGCCAACCGCAGCUCCACGCCGCUUUUACAGCACUCGCCAGCUCCGGGGGAAGGAAUGCGGUUAUACUACCGCCAGCGCGGGGUGGCAACUACCGCACAGUCGAACGCCCAGUGUCGACGAUGCAGCCUCGCUGCGGAGUUUCUCGAGUGCCGAGGAUGAAGAGGGGGUUCCGCAUCGCGACUUUUAUCAGUUACGUCGGUCUGUUUCAUCGGGGGGACUUCAGGGGGGUCAUCAGCAGAGACUUGAUCCUGUGUACGCGAUUGUGUCUGGGGGACAGUCGAGGAGGAGGAAGGCGUCGCAUUUGUUGAAGAAGUUGGCUGGGUUGGGGAGGAGGAAGGAUGUUGAUGGCGGGUUUGAGGGUCGUCGUGUUGCGAUUGCUGUUUGA